ACCCACAGAUUUGGGAGAGUUCAGGUUUUGCAGCUUCCUCAUACAGUAUGUUGGGCUCACAGGACACUCCUAGUGAUAGAGCUCGGGGCAGCGAGAGAGUUGCAGUGUCACCAACACACGAGAGGAUCCCAGAGCCCAAACUGAGCCCCCUGUGUGGCAAUCACCAUGCCCGGCAUUGGCAAAAUCAUCUUCCGCAUCAUGAUCGCUAUCAUCGUUAUCCUGUUGCUCCUAAUUGCUCUGAUUAUCGGCAUUGGCGUCGCAGGGAACAAACUGACCAUCGCAGUGACAGGGGUGUACACGGUGGGGCGCAUAAGCGACGAUGCAAUUUUAGGCUGCACCUUCAUCCCAGACACAACUCAGGCGAAUAACAUCCAGUGGGAGAAGGUGGGGACGAGUGGGGUGGUGUACAAGUACGAGAAUGGAAAGAGCGUGUUAAAUGGUCAGAACGCAGACUUCAAGGGCCGAACCUCCCUCUUCAUCAGUGAGAUCAAAUCGGGCAAUGCCUCCCUGAAGCUCACCCAGAUCGAGCUGUCCGACGCUGGCACCUACAAGUGCAUCAUCACUAACUCCAAAGGAACCGGCGAGGAUACCCUGACGUUCAAGGUGGGAGGUUAUACCGAUGUGGUUGUGACCAGCCCCUCCAACGACACCCUCCGUUGUACCUCUUCAGACUGGUACCCCAAGCCUAACGUCACUUGGGAGAGUAACUCUGAAGACAACAUCACCAACACCAUCAAAACCACCUACCCGCCGGCUCUCUUUAACCUCACUGAUGUGACUUCAGAACUGCAUGGGGCCCAACUGGAUGUGGAGUACACCUGUAAGAUACACACAGUCCUGGCUCAGGCGGUGGGGGUCUCAAUGCUCACAGAUUUUGGGCUCCAAACCACAGCCCGGUUGGAAGUAUUUAACUCUGUGGAUCCUCUCUCAGUCCCUCGCCUUUGGAUCUGUGCUCUCCUCCUGUCUCUCCUUCUGGGGUUUGUCCAUCACUAGGUGCUCAGGGGAAACAUCUCAAUGCCCUGUAUGUCCAGGUUCUAAUAACAGGCUUUGUAAAAUAGACAUUGCUGCCUGGGCCCGACCCUAUUACCCACCAUGGGGCCUAAUCCCUAUGGUUCCAGCUGCUGUUUGAGAUGUGGCUACAGAGAAUGUACAUCUUCUUCAGUCAUAAAAUCUCCAGGGCCACAAGGACAGACAAUCAGAGAACUGAUACCACACUAGUCUCUUUGUGCCAUGGAGGGGCUCAUUGUUGGAUUUUUUAACCUGAACCAUUUAACCAAGACUGGUUCAACACUGGUGGUCUUGGGAGAUUGUUUACAAGGUUAUUGUGAUAUCAAGUUCUAUCAAACCCCUGACCCAAAAGGAUUUUAGAAGGUGCAGAUCUUGUCCAUGUUUUCUUGGAGCUUAUGGACCAUCCACUAACAAGAGUUCAAGUAAUGGACUAGAACCUCACAUCAAAAUUUUCUACAACUCCUCAUUGUUGGGUUUCUGUGGGAACCUCAGCUUGUGAAGCCCUAAUAACUAUGGAAUUGGGCUUUGAGCUAUAUAGACAAUAUAUCAGAGCUUUACUGAUCUCCCUCUUGGGGUCCUACUAACAAGCUCUGGAACUAAUACUGACGAAUAUAUAUUAGUUAUCCAUUUAGAAGCCCAAUGGAGAUUACCAAUGGAAAUACUAGGAGGCAAGAUGUAAAUUAUUCCCUGUUGCCUUUAUACUGCCCCUUUACUGCCAUAUUGCCCUGAGUUACUUUUUUUUUAAAAUGUGUGGGGCUAGAAUAACAUGUCCUGCUCUUGGUAUAAACCUGAAUGUGUAGUGUUAAUUUAUUUUUCUAUGUUGAACCUGAAUGGCAUAUACUGAAUAAACUGCCAGUCAAAAUGUUGUUGGGUAACACUUAAAACGAAA